AGGAGGCAGAAGAGGAAGAGGAGGAGGAGGAGGAGGAGGGAGGGAGGGAGCCCGCGGCUGAUCGGCACCAUGCGGAGAGGGGGUCUGCUGGAGCUAGCCCUGGGAUUUACAGUGCUCUUGUCUUCCUACACGAGCCAUGGUGCUGAAGGGAAUUCGGAGACUGGGAAUGUGAAGGAAACCAGAGCCAGCCGGGCAAAGAGAAGAGGCGGAGGAGGACACGAUGCGCUCAAAGGACCAAAUGUGUGUGGAUCACGUUACAAUGCUUAUUGUUGCCCUGGAUGGAAAACCUUACCUGGUGGAAAUCAGUGCAUCGUCCCAAUCUGUCGGCAUUCCUGUGGAGAUGGAUUUUGUUCAAGGCCAAACAUGUGUACUUGCCCAACUGGACAGAUAUCUCCUUCCUGUGGCUCAAGAUCAAUACAACACUGUAACAUCCGGUGUAUGAAUGGAGGUAGCUGUAGUGAUGAUCAUUGUUUGUGCCAGAAAGGAUAUACGGGAACACAUUGUGGACAACCUGUCUGUGAGAGUGGUUGUCUUAAUGGAGGUAGAUGUGUGGCGCCCAAUCGCUGUGCUUGUACAUAUGGUUUCACAGGACCUCAGUGCGAAAGAGAUUACAGAACUGGUCCAUGUUUCACACUAGUCAGCAACCAGAUGUGCCAGGGACAGCUCAGCGGGAUUGUCUGUACAAAGACCCUUUGCUGUGCCACAGUAGGAAGAGCUUGGGGCCAUCCCUGUGAGAUGUGCCCAGCCCAACCUCACCCCUGCCGCAGAGGCUUCAUCCCAAACAUCCGAACAGGAGCUUGUCAAGAUGUGGAUGAAUGCCAAGCCAUCCCUGGGCUCUGUCAAGGAGGAAAUUGCAUUAACACUGUUGGAUCAUUUGAGUGCAAGUGCCCUGCUGGACACAGAUUUAAUGAAGUAACACAAAAAUGUGAAGAUAUUGAUGAGUGUAUCACUAUUCCUGGAGUCUGUGAUGGGGGUGAAUGUUCAAAUACUGUCAGCAGUUAUUUUUGCAAAUGUCCCCCAGGAUUUUAUACCUCUCCUGAUGGAACCAGAUGUAUAGAUGUUCGCCAAGGAUUCUGUUACGCGUCCCUGGCCAAUGGGCGCUGCAACAACCAGCUUCCCCAGCAGCUCUCCAAGGUCCAGUGCUGCUGCGAGGUGGGCCGCUGCUGGGCCCCGGGGCCCGCGACAGCCCCCGAGAUGUGCCCCAUCCGGGCCACAGAGGAAUUCCACAGGCUUUGCACCCUACCUGGGAUAGUUCCUGGAAGACCUGAUAUUCCUUUGCCUCCUGGUGUCUUCCCUCCCAGUGGUCCAGUGCCUCCUGGUGUCCCUGUACCUCCUGGCAUCUAUCCACCAAUCCCAAGACCACAACUCCCAGAGCCUUAUCCAUCUCGGGAACCGUCACGGGUGUUGCCAGUCAAUAUCACAGAUUACUGCCAGCUGUAUCGAGGUCUCUGCCUCAAUGGUCACUGUAUUCCCACUCCUGGGAGCUACCGCUGUGAAUGCAACAAAGGAUUCCAGCUUGAUAUUCGUGGAGAAUGCAUUGAUGUUGAUGAGUGUGAGAAAAAUCCUUGUGUAGGUGGAGAGUGUGUCAAUACUCAAGGAUCCUACAUAUGUCAGUGUCGAGUUGGGUAUCAGAGCACAUUGACAAGGACUGAAUGUCGAGAUAUUGACGAAUGUUUACAGAAUGGCCGGAUCUGCAAUAAUGGACGUUGUAUAAACACAGAAGGCAGUUUCCAUUGUGUGUGUAACGCUGGUUUCCAUGUAGCAAGUGAUGGGAAAAAUUGUGAAGAUAUGGAUGAAUGCAGCAUAAGGAACAUGUGCCUCAAUGGAAUGUGCAUCAAUGAAGAUGGCAGUUUUAAGUGCAUUUGUAAACCUGGCUUCCAGCUGGCAUCAGAUGGCCGUUACUGCAAAGAUAUUAAUGAAUGUGAAACACCUGGAAUCUGCAUGAAUGGACGCUGUGUGAAUACAGAUGGAUCCUAUCGAUGUGAAUGCUUCCCUGGACUGGCAGUGGGGCUAGAUGGACGAGUGUGUGUUGAUACUCACAUGCGGAGUACAUGUUAUGGUGGAUACAAGAGAGGACAGUGUGUCAAACCUCUGUUUGGAGCAGUUACUAAGUCUGAAUGCUGCUGUGCCAGCACCGAAUAUGCCUUUGGGGAGCCUUGCCAGCCUUGCCCUGCACAGAAUUCAGCGGAAUAUCAAGCACUUUGCAGCAGUGGGCCAGGAAUGACUUCAGGAGGCAGUGAUAUAAAUGAAUGUGCCUUGGAUCCUGAUAUUUGCCCAAAUGGAAUUUGUGAGAAUUUACGUGGCACAUACAAGUGUAUAUGCAAUUCAGGAUAUGAAGUGGAUGCGAGUGGGAAAAACUGUGUUGAUAUUAAUGAAUGUGCAUUAAACACCUUGCUUUGUGACAAUGGGCAAUGCAGAAAUACUCCUGGAAGUUUCACUUGUACCUGUCCCAAGGGAUUUGUAUACAAACCUGACCUAAAAACUUGUGAAGAUAUUGAUGAAUGUGAAUCAAGUCCUUGUGUUAAUGGAGUAUGCAAGAACACUCUGGGUUCUUUUGUUUGUGAAUGUUCUUCAGAAAGUACUUUGGAUACAACAAAAACUAUCUGCAUAGAAACAAUUAAAGGUACAUGUUGGCAGAGUAUUGUUGAUGGAAGAUGUGAAAUCAAUAUCAAUGGAGCCACAUUGAAGUCACAAUGCUGUUCUUCACUGGGUGCUGCCUGGGGAAGCCCAUGUACACCGUGUCAAACAGACCCAAUAUGUGCUAAGGGGUACUCAAGAAUUAAAGGAACACAGUGUGAAGAUAUAGAUGAAUGUGUUGUAUUCCCUGGAGUGUGCAAAAAUGGCCACUGUGUCAAUACUUUGGGAUCAUUUGUUUGCCAGUGCCCCAGUGGGAUGACUUUGGAUCUCACAGGAAGAAUCUGCCUUGAUAUCCGCCUAGAAACUUGCUAUCUGAAACAUGAAGAUGAAGAAUGCUCUUUGCCUGUUGCUGGCCGUCACCGAAUGGAUGCAUGCUGCUGUUCUGUUGGGGCUGCUUGGGGCAGUGUAGAAUGUGAGGAGUGUCCCCUGAGAAAUACUCCUGAAUAUGAUGCUCUUUGCCCUAGAGGGCCUGGAUUUGCCACAAGAGGAGAGAUAAUAAAUGGAAAACCUUUCUUCAAAGAUAUAAAUGAGUGCAAGAUGAUCCCAACUUUGUGUACACAUGGCAAAUGCAGAAAUACCAUUGGCAGCUUUAAAUGCAGGUGUGAUAAUGGUUUUGCUCUCGAUUCUGAAGAAAGGAACUGCACAGAUAUUGAUGAAUGCCGGAUAUCUCCUGAUUUGUGUGGCCAAGGCAUCUGUGUGAAUACCCCAGGAGACUUUAGAUGCGAGUGCUUUGAUGGAUAUGAAAGUGGAUUUAUGAUGAUGAAGAACUGCAUGGAUAUUGAUGAAUGUCAGAGAGACCCUCUACUUUGUCGAGGUGGCACAUGCCUAAAUACAGAAGGAAGUUACCGAUGCGAGUGCCCUCCUGGCCACCAAAUGGCUCCUAAUAUCUCAGCCUGUAUAGAUAUCAAUGAGUGUGAUCUAAGUGUUAACCUUUGCAGAAAUGGUCGCUGUGUGAACCUGAUUGGGAAGUACCAAUGUGCUUGCAAUCCAGGCUACCAUGCCACACCUGAUAAACUGUUUUGUGUUGAUAUUGAUGAAUGUAGCAUAAUGAAUGGAGGCUGUGACACCUUCUGCACCAACUCUGAAGGCAGUUAUGAAUGCAGUUGUCGACAGGGAUUUGCACUUAUGCCAGAUCAGAGAUCUUGCACUGACAUUGAUGAGUGUGAAGAUAACCCUAAUAUUUGUGAUGGAGGUCAGUGUACAAACAUACCUGGAGAGUACAGGUGCCUAUGUUAUGAUGGGUUCAUGGCAUCGGAGGAUAUGAAGACAUGUGUAGAUGUUAAUGAAUGUGAUCUUAAUCCAAACAUUUGUCUGAGUGGCAGCUGUGAGAACACGAAAGGCUCAUUUAUCUGUCAUUGUGACAUGGGAUAUUCAGGCAAAAAAGGAACAACUGGCUGUACAGACAUCAAUGAAUGUGAAAUUGGAGCACAUAAUUGUGACAGGCAUGCUGUCUGCACUAACACAGCAGGAAGCUUCAAAUGCAGCUGCAGUCCAGGAUGGAUUGGUAAUGGCAUUAAGUGCACAGAUUUGGAUGAAUGCUCUAAUGGGACGCAUAUGUGUAACCAACAUGCUGACUGUAAAAAUACGAUGGGAUCAUACCGCUGUUUAUGUAAGGAAGGAUACACUGGAGAUGGAUUCACUUGUAUAGAUCUUGAUGAAUGCUCAGAAAAUCUAAACCUUUGUGGAAAUGGGCAAUGCCUUAAUGCCCCAGGAGGAUAUCGAUGUGAAUGUGAUAUGGGAUUUGUGCCGAGUGCUGAUGGAAAAGCAUGUGAAGAUAUUGAUGAGUGUUCCCUUCCUAAUAUCUGUGUCUUUGGGACUUGUCAUAAUCUUCCUGGUCUUUUCCGUUGUGAGUGUGAGACUGGCUAUGAACUGGACAGAACUGGAGGAAACUGCACAGAUGUUAAUGAGUGCCUGGACCCUACAACUUGUAUUAGUGGGAAUUGUGUGAAUACCCCAGGCAGUUAUACCUGUGAUUGUCCACCUGAUUUUGAGCUGAACCCCACCAGAGUUGGCUGUGUUGAUACACGAUCUGGCAAUUGCUAUUUGGAUAUUCGCCCUCGAGGAGACAAUGGAGAUACAUCAUGUAGCAAUGAAAUUGGAGUUGGUGUUUCUAAGGCUUCCUGCUGCUGUUCCCUGGGUAAAGCUUGGGGCACUCCUUGUGAACUCUGCCCGGCUGUGAAUACAUCUGAAUAUAAGAUUCUUUGCCCAGGAGGUGAAGGCUUUCGACCAAAUCCUAUCACUGUUAUAUUGGAAGAUAUUGAUGAGUGUCAAGAACUGCCUGGACUUUGCCAAGGAGGGAAAUGUAUCAACACAUUUGGCAGUUUCCAGUGUCGCUGCCCAACUGGUUACUACUUGAAUGAAGAAACCCGAGUGUGUGAUGAUGUAAAUGAAUGUGAAACUCCUGGUAUCUGUGGUCCUGGAACGUGUUAUAACACAGUUGGGAACUACACUUGCAUUUGUCCUCCAGACUAUAUGCAAGUUAAUGGUGGAAAUAACUGCAUGGAUAUGAGAAGGAGCUUAUGCUACCGAAAUUAUUAUGCUGACAACCAGACCUGUGAUGGAGAACUGCUGUUCAAUAUGACCAAGAAAAUGUGUUGCUGUUCCUAUAACAUUGGCCGUGCCUGGAAUAAGCCUUGUGAACAGUGUCCCAUUCCCAGCACUGAUGAAUUUGCUACACUGUGUGGUAGUCAGAGGCCUGGCUUUGUCAUUGACAUUUAUACUGGCUUACCAGUUGAUAUCGAUGAAUGCCGAGAGAUCCCUGGAGUCUGUGAAAAUGGAGUUUGUAUCAAUAUGGUUGGUAGCUUCAGAUGCGAAUGUCCCGUGGGGUUCUUUUAUAAUGACAAGUUAUUGGUUUGUGAAGAUAUUGAUGAAUGCCAGAAUGGCCCUGUAUGUCAGCGCAAUGCAGAAUGUAUGAACACACCAGGGAGCUUCCGCUGUGACUGUAAACCAGGAUACAGAUUCACCUCAACAGGACAAUGCAAUGAUAGGAAUGAAUGCCAAGAAAUUCCUAAUAUCUGCAGCCAUGGUCAAUGCAUUGACACACUUGGAAGUUACUAUUGCCUUUGUCAAACUGGAUUUAAAACAAAUGCUGAAAAAAACAUGUGUGUGGAUAUAAAUGAGUGUGAAAGAGAUGCCUGUGGAAAUGGAACUUGUAGAAACACUGUUGGUUCUUUCAACUGCCGAUGCAACCAUGGAUUCAUCCUCUCACACAACAACGAUUGUAUAGAUGUUGAUGAAUGUGCUACUGGGAAUGGGAACCUUUGCAGAAAUGGUCAGUGUCUCAAUACAGUUGGAUCCUUCCAGUGUCAAUGCAAUGAGGGCUAUGAAGUGACUGCUGAUGGAAGAAGUUGUAUUGAUAUAAAUGAGUGUCUAGCUGAUCCUGGAAAAUGUGCACCAGGCACAUGUCAAAACUUGGAUGGAUCCUACAGAUGCAUUUGUCCUCCUGGUUACAGCCUGCAAAAUGACAACUGUGAAGAUAUUGAUGAGUGUGUGGAAGAGCCAGAAAUCUGUGCCUUAGGCACCUGCAGUAACACUCCAGGCAGCUUCAAAUGUCUCUGUCCAGAAGGUUUUUCAUUAUCCUCUACUGGAAGAAGAUGCCAAGACUUAAGAAUGAGCUACUGCUAUGCGAAGUUUGAAGGAGGCAAAUGUUCAUCUCCUAAAUCCAGAAAUCAUUCCAAACAAGAAUGUUGCUGCGCCUUAAAGGGAGAAGGUUGGGGGGACCCAUGUGAGCUGUGUCCUACUGAGCCAGAUGAAGCAUUUCGUCAAAUCUGCCCAUAUGGAAGUGGUAUCAUUGUUGGACCUGAUGAUACUCGUAUUGAUAUGGAUGAAUGCAAAGAACCUGAUAUCUGCAAAUAUGGCCAAUGUAUCAACACAGAUGGUUCCUACCGCUGCGAGUGUCCUUUUGGGUAUAUCCUCCAUGGAGUUGAGUGUGUAGAUACCGAUGAAUGUUCGGUGGGUAAUCCUUGUGGAAAUGGAACGUGCAAGAACGUUAUUGGAGGUUUUGAAUGUACCUGUGAGGAAGGGUUUGAGCCAGGUCCCAUGAUGACAUGUGAAGAUAUCAAUGAAUGUGCUCAGAAUCCUCUGCUCUGUGCCUUCCGAUGUGUAAACACUUAUGGGUCAUAUGAAUGCAAAUGUCCGACUGGUUACGUUCUUAGAGAAGACAGGAGAAUGUGCAAAGAUGAGAAUGAAUGUGAAGAAGGAAAGCAUGACUGUGCUGAGAAACAAAUGGAGUGCAAGAACCUAAUUGGCACAUAUAUGUGCAUCUGUGGUCCUGGCUACCAACGAAGACCUGAUGGAGAGGGUUGCAUAGAUGAGAAUGAAUGUCAGACCAAGCCAGGAAUCUGUGAAAAUGGACGGUGCCUCAAUACCAGAGGAAGCUAUACAUGCGAGUGCAAUGAUGGUUUCACAGCUAGCCCUGCUCAAGAUGAGUGUCUUGACAACCGAGAAGGAUACUGCUUCACUGAAGUUCUACAAAGCAUGUGUCAGAUUGGAUCAAGUAACAGAAAUCCGGUCACCAAAUCUGAGUGUUGCUGUGAUGGUGGGAGAGGCUGGGGCCCCCACUGUGAGAUCUGCCCAUUCCAGGGCACUGUAGCCUUUAAAAAACUUUGCCCUCAUGGCCGAGGAUUCAUGACCAAUGGAGCAGAUAUUGAUGAAUGCAAGGUUAUUCAUGACGUUUGCCGGAAUGGAGAAUGUGUUAAUGAGAGAGGAUCCUACCAUUGCAAUUGUAAUACUGGCUAUACUCCAGAUAUCACUGGCACCACCUGUGUAGAUCUAAAUGAGUGUAACCAGGCUCCCAAACCCUGCAAUUUCAUAUGCAAAAACACAGAAGGGAGUUACCAGUGUUCCUGUCCAAAGGGAUACAUCCUUCAGGAGGAUGGGAGAAGCUGCAAAGAUCUUGAUGAGUGUGCAACGAAACAACAUAAUUGUCAAUUCCUUUGUGUUAACACCAUUGGAGGCUUUACAUGUAAAUGUCCACCUGGGUUUACCCAACAUCAUACAGCCUGUAUCGAUAACAACGAAUGUACCUCUGAAGUCAAUCUUUGUGGAGCUAAAGGUGUAUGUCAGAACACUCCUGGAAGCUUCACUUGUGAAUGUCAGAGGGGUUUCUCACUAGAUCAGAGUGGAGCCAGCUGUGAAGAUGUGGAUGAGUGUGAGGGGAACCACCGAUGCCAACAUGGCUGCCAGAACAUUAUUGGAGGAUACAGAUGUAGCUGCCCUCAGGGAUAUCUCCAGCACUACCAGUGGAACCAGUGUGUGGAUGAAAAUGAAUGCCUCAGUGCACACAUAUGUGGAGGAGCCUCUUGCCAUAAUACCCUGGGAAGCUACAAGUGCAUGUGUCCCACUGGAUUCCAGUAUGAACAGUUUAGUGGAGGCUGCCAGGAUGUCAAUGAAUGUGGCUCCGCUCAGGCCCCAUGCAGCUAUGGGUGCUCCAACACAGAAGGAGGCUACUUGUGUGGCUGCCCACCAGGCUACUUCAGGAUCGGCCAAGGGCAUUGUGUUUCUGGAAUGGGCAUGGGCAGAGGUCCUGAGUCACCUGUCAGUGGAGAAGUAGAUGACAAUUCCCUCUCACCAGAAGCUUGCUAUGAAUGUAAAAUUAAUGGUUACCCAAAACGAGGCAGGAAACGAAGGAGUGUUAAUGAAACAGAUGCCCUUGAUGCAGAAGAUCAGCCUGAGAUGGAAGCCCCAGUAAGUCUGGCAAGUUGGGAUGUUGAGAAGACAGCUGUUUUUACUUUUAAUGUUUCCUUGAUCAGUUACAAAGUUCGGAUUCUGGAACUCCUUCCAGCCCUUACAACUCUAACAAAUCACAAUCGAUACUUAAUAGAAUCUGGGAAUGAAGAUGGCCUCUUUAAAAUCAAUCAGAAGGAAGGGAUAAGCUAUCUUCACUUCUCCAAGAAGAAGCCGGUGGCUGGAACCUAUUCAUUACAAAUCAGCAGUAUUCCUCUUUAUAAAAAGAAGGAACUUAACCAGCUAGAAGACAAACAUGACAAAGACUACCUCAGUGGUGAACUGGGUGAUAACCUGAAAAUGAAAAUUCAGAUUUUGCUUCAUUAAUUCACCAGCCAAAGACCAAAUAAUGAAAAAAAAAAAAAAAACAAAGAUAGAUAGGUAGAACUGAAUAUUUCUCCCAGUCAGAUUCUCCAUAUCAUAGGUACAAUUUUUCACGCCAUUUGUAUGCGUGGGCACUAUUGUAUUAUUACAUAAGCAAGGUACAGGAUGAAUACCCUAGCUCAAAACAACCACUUUCUCAGGCUUCUCAUGAGUGUAGCUGAGCUGCCUUGGCAUGAUGUAUAAUGAUAUGUUGAAUCUUGAAAACCGGGACAUAUUUUCAUUGGAAGUUGGCCAUUGAUGCUGAGACAUGUCAUCCUUUCAGCAGAGGUACAUGAAUGUGCUUUCAAUUGAUGGACAGUUCAAUUUAAUUUUUUUUUCAAUUUUGCUUUUCCAACUACAACAUACUAGGUCAGCCAUUUAUAAUAUCUAUUUGGUGCUAGUAAAUUUUCAAACUAGAUUUAUAAAUGCACUGUAAUAUUUACACAACUUAGAAGCCAAAUUGCAAUUAUUCAGUUUAAAAUUUUCAUUAAUUUCAGUCAACCAAAGUUAGCUCAGUAGCUUAUCUCAGUUAUGACUAUAAUACAGUACAUGUAAAUUAAGUGUGUGUAUACUGUAAUCGUGCUAUUUUUAUCAUUGAAGCGUUUGUAAACUAGAGUAAUAAUACCCUUAAUGUGAGGGUUUAUAAUGGUGCUUAUUAAGACCAACUACUUGUUAACUAUACACCAACCUAAUGAUGAAAUGUCUGUGACUUACCCAAAAAUGCACUGAGGUCAGGAAGGGCCAGUAAACAUUCUUAGCCAUCAUAUGACCCUCAGUGCCCACCGUACAUCUUAAUAUUGUGUAACAUGUGCCAAGAGUACCCAUAAUCAUCCUUAUCAACAAGGGCUCAAUGUCAUGAAUGUCACAAUAAAACAGUCUCUUUUUUUAGUUUAUCCUAUGGCUUGGUUUUCUUGCUCAAAGUCCUGGAGUGAAAUGUUUAGACUUCAGGUCCUGUGGUUACUGGGGCCAUACCAAAGAUUAAAUUGAGCAAGAUUUUCCCAGUUCAAGUCACUCUGCGCCUGUGAAUCACAGCUUCUAUAGAUGCCUAACAUAUAACACCUGGAAGACUAUAGUCUGGCAUACAUGGAGCCAGUCUGAUGUUUUGUUCACUGUAUUUGAUAAAGAGUAGAGAAAAAAAAAACUGACGUCCACCAUUCCACAUAGUGAUUAAAUUAUUUCAUUUUAAUGAGUCGCUCCACCAGAAAUUCAGAUUAUGGCUUCCCCUCUGAAACGUGACCUAAUUAAUCUUGUGACUUGGGAACUUCAAUAAUUCCAAAUACUGUUAAAUAUAAAGUUCAGUCAUAUUCUGAGAACAUGUGUGUUUCAUUACCCAAGUUUUAUCUGCUAACCCUGCCCUGGCCCCCAACUGUUGGCAAGCUUUAGGUGUUCCAUUUCCCCCCCUAAACAUCCAUUGUUAGUUGAUUCCUUUCUAAUUAGAAAGGAUAAUUGAGCAUUGAGUCCUAGAGAAAGCAAUAGCUUUUCUUUUCUGGAAUGUAUAAUGUGAAAAUGCCAGUAUUUUGAUUUUUGAGUGCAAUAAUAUAUUUUUAGCAUGAUAGUAGUCAACUGAUAUGAAACAGUUAAAAAAAAAAAAACUGUGGCAGUGAAAAAAAAAAA